UGCGAACGAUUGACGUGAUGCGUUUUCAACGAAUAGCAAUUUUCAUGGGCAAGCACGUAAUGUACUUAUAUACUGGUCUAUGUCUAAUGGAAUGGAUUCCGUAGAUUAUUACUAAUCUCGCAAAUGAUGGAUGUAGCGGGUUGUUUCCAUGUAAUUUCCGUGUGUCGAAUGAUUAAAGAGUUUCUAAUUUAGUUACGCAUCAAUGAUGUAUUUACUAUCUAUGGUUCUGUCUUAAGCUAUGUUACCUUUCUAGCGACUGAAUGAUGAAACGAUUUAGAGAACAGUGUAGAGGAUUUGAAAGUAAAUGCAGUGAUGACUUGGAAAUAGUAAGUACUCAAGCCAGUGACCAGGACAUCUUCUUUGACUCAGUCAUAGGGCAUAUUGAAGAUAUUUUGAUGGAAGAAAAUUUCCAAGAACUACAAAAAUGUUUCAUGGAAAAGUACUGGCAUGAGUUUGAAGAUGAGGAGGAAAACAAAUUAUGUUACAUGAAUAUUUUCAAAGAAUAUACUGACACUAUUGAAAAGCAUAUUGAAAUACACCUUGUGAAGAUGAUACCAAAUUUUUCAAUGGACGAGUUUAUUGAACAGUUACAGACACGAAAGAAUGAGCUGAACGGUGAAGUAUUUGAAAUGCUGUUUACAUUCUCAGAUUUCAUAGCUUUCAAAGAAAUGUUCCUGGAUUAUAAAGCUAUGAAAGAUGGACGAGUGGAAGACUUGAGUAAAGGCAUAUGUAUUACUUCUGGCAUUUUACAUUAGGAAAAGAAAGAUCCUUCUACAGAAGGAAUGGAUUUGGCAAGUACGUUCUUGAAAUAUAUUUUAUUACUCUGUGUUGAUGGAACGCAGAUACGAUUCACAUCAGUGUUUAUGAAUUAAAAGGAAAGUACUAAAUAUACGUGUUAAUGAAAACAGCAGAGAAGCAACACUUAAAAUGAAGAGUUUGGCAUAAACAUUUUAAUGUGCAUGCAGUGCAACAUAUCCAGCAGAAUCAUGGAGGACAAGAGGUUAUUGUUUCUAAACAAUUUUAGUGUAUCCCUAUUCAAUAUUUGCAUGGGGAACAAAAUGUUACAUCUUAGAUCAAGGAAAAACUAAAAUGGAGUGAUUUGAAACUAGAACACAAAAUGGAUAUUUUAUACUGCAAUAUCACAAACUAAACUGUAGUAUCAAAAUAUAUGUAAUUAUUGCACAAUUACGUUACUGAAAUGAAAGCUUAUACGGAAUAACUACAAUAUAGUGACAGCGGCACCUAUUUCAUAUUCUUCCAUUUCUAUGACAGCAUUCUGCAUUUAUCUUGAGCAUUCAUAAGUGCUCUGUAUAACAUUUGUUUCUUAAAGAUGGUGAAACCAGUUAAUUUCAUGUUAGUAUUAGUGCUGGUGGAUGAACUUUUUUUAAUAUAUAUAUAUAUAUAAAUAACUAUAAUGAUCUGCUAUAUUUAUAGGUUAAUAUACAGAAUCUCAAAUGCUGUGGAAACUUCACUUGCAUAUUGUGUCGCCCAAUAUGGUAAAUCCCUAAACACUGGUCUUAUUGCACCAAGGCCAAACACAUCAGGUACACACACAAAAAUAAAACUGGUUGACUGCAACCAGAUUAUUGCCAACUGAUUUUUGUGGAAAUUUAUACUCAAAGCAGUCAGAUUCUCGUAAUGAAUUAGAGACACUCUUUGUUUGUAAGGUGACAUAUUUUGAGGGAUGUGGAACUGCAUUCCAGUAGCUGCUCUUAUGUUCCAUGAUUUUACAUUUCUUCAUUACUACUGUGUAGGAAAUAGUGUAUUUAUUUAUGCAUAAGAAGAUAGACUAUAUGCAUAAAAUGGCAGGAUAAUGGAUUGUAAAAGACACUGAAGGAUGUGGACAUGGCCUUAUUUAAUAUUCUGUCCUGGCAUUUGCUUGGAGGGACUGAGUUAAACCACAAAAACCUUCAGUCAGGAUAACUGGCCUCUAGGUCAAAAUUUGAACCUGGGACCCCACAAAAAUGAUGCAGAAAUGCUAACAACUUGUCAUGAUGUUAAGUCUCAAAUGGUCAUCUACAAAAGAAAAUAAACUGUAAAACUGAAAUUUGUUAAGUCUCUCAUGAAUUAUAAUUGAGUAUGUCGUCACAUUGACAGUAGAUUAAAACUUAUGCACAUAGAAUGUAUUAAAAAUGUGUAUUGCAAAAACUUUUUAUUACCUUAAAAAAAGGACAAUGCACCAACUUCAUUGGAAUCACACGCAUGCCAAAGUUUCCUAAUGCAUGAGAAUUUCCAUCUGAACGAGCCUGCUAUUGGUAUCUCCAGGCAUGCGAUAGGGAACAGUGCCUGCAAAACUUGUGAUUGCACGGGCUUUUUCACGGAAAUAUGCCAGUUGCUGGAACAGAAAAUAAUUGUAAUGAACAAGCAAUCAAUUUCUUGUAACGUGUUACAAGUAUUGAUGUAGUAACACAGAUUCUUUGAAAACGGUAUCAAGAAAAUGAGCAAAAUAUAAGUUAAUUUUUGUGGGAUGGGACAAGGGUGGCACUGUACCAGCACACAAUUAUAUAUUCUUCUAUGCAACUGGGAAUGCUGAUCAUCACACAGGGCCAGGGGUUUUCAUACAUAUGUGUAUCAAAUUAGUUGUUAAGAGGGUAGAGUUUAUUAGUGUUACGAUAUCAACUGCAUAUGAAUAAAUUCAAUUAUCUUUAAUGUAAAA